GGCCCAACGGCGGCCUGUGCGAGGACGCUAGGACUUCUCAGCCAGAAGCUAGAAGGCCGCGCCGCCUCGGGCGCUCCUAAGUCGGCCCCGGAGCCUUUCCACCUUCCAGGGAGGUGCAGCGGGCGUCCCCAGGAGCGGCCAUCUUUCCUGCCUCCGGCACCACUGUGCCAGCUCAAGACCCGACCUGUCUCCAGAGGGGAACAUGGAGGCGGAAGUGAUGGCUCCAGGGCUGCUGCCAACCUGGUCACAGGACCCAGUGACCUUCCAGGAAGUGGCAGUGGACUUCUCCCAGGAGGAGUGGGCCCUGCUGGCCCCUGCUCAGAAAAUCCUGCACCGAGACGUGAUGCUGGAGAACUACAGGAACCUGGCCUCUGUGGGGUAUCACCUCCGCAAGCCCAGCCUGCUCACUCCGGAGGACCUGAGGGCCAAGAAGGGGAGAGUUCUCCAAGACACCUGUGCAGACCAGACUUCUCAACUUAAAACCCAGGAGACCACUGCAAAGCAGAAUAAAGUUCGGGGAAAAUCAUUUCCUGGAAGGAAAGGGGCACCACCUCAACCCAGAGAGAAACCCCAUGAAUACAAUCUGCGUAGAAAAGCCAUCCCAAGGAAUCCUGACCUGAUUUUGCCCAAGACAAAUUACACAGGAGCGAAAGGCAGUGAAUGUAAAGAAUGUGGGAAAGCAUGUAGUUGUCCUUCAUCCCUUGGGACCCUCGUGCGAUCUCAUGCUGGCCCGAAAUCCUACGAAUGUUCUCAGUGUGGGAAAGCCUUUAGUCGCAACUCAUCCCUUAUGGCACAUGAGCAAACUCAUGCUGGAGAGACACAGUAUAAAUGUAGCCAGUGUGGGAAAUCCUUCAGAUCCAACUCGAGCCUCACAGAACACAAGAGGACGCACACUUGGGAGAAACCAUAUGAAUGCAGUGACUGUGGAAAGGCCUUCCUCAGGACCAGUAACCUGACUGUACAUAGGAGAGUACACACUGGGGAGAAGGUCUAUCUGUGCAGUGACUGUGGCAAAACCUUCAGCAGGAAGUCCCGUCUGACGAUGCACAUAAGAACCCACACUGGGGAGAAGCUUCACCAAGUCCAUGACUAUGGAAAAGCCUUCAGUAGGAGCUCUAAGCCGACUGCCCACAAGAGGGCACCUACCAGGGAGAAGAUGUAGCCGUGCGAAGACUGUGGGAGAACUUCCCAGGAGUCACCCAGCACAUAGGAAGCAUGUGGGAACUCACAGGGAAGACAAGUCCCAGGAGUAGAGACACGGGAAAGCCUCAUCUGUCUCACAUGAGACCAACUCUGUGACCUCUGCAUUGUAGGAGGCCUCCUGCUGGAGCUUAAAGCUGCUGCACCAGGAAACUCGGAGUGGCACAGAAGCCAUUAAGAAUGUAGGAUUGCUUUUAUCAGGGUUCUACCCUGAAGGUGGAAAUCUAGCUCAUUAAUUUUCAGUCUGCAUUUUUGAAUAUAAGCAUUUAAGGCCAUAGAUCUCCCUCUGUGUACGCCAUUAGGCUACAUUACGUGGAUUAAGAUUUUUAAGAUUUUUAAGGUUUUGGUUUAGUUCUAAAUAUUGUUUGAUAUCUAUUAGAUAUAUUUUAACUUACAGAUCAACUUUACUUUUGAAGGCUUUCGAAACAUGACUUCAUUUGAAUUUCACAUGUCUUCCUUUGUUUGGUGGGACGCCCUGUGGUUCCUCAGGAGUGUGGUCUCCCUUGUUGCAACAAACUGGUAAACCUGACUCUGUCAGACUGUUAGGUUUCGUCCCUGGUUGUCCUUGGCUGAUUGUGUUGGGGCUUAAUUUAAAAUUUUUUUUUUAGUCGGAGUAACUGGGGAUUGAACCCAGGACUCGUGCAUGUGAGGCACGCGCUCUCCCACUGAGCUGCACCCUCCCCCUGGCUCAUUGUGUUGGGACAACAACGUGUAGUCAUAAGUACGUUCUACUCUAUCAUCUUCUAAAAUAUCUGUCUAAAAAUAUCUUCUAAAAUGCUUUCCUAUCCAUUGUUGAUUUUUAUAUGUGGUGUCAGGAGGGCCCCGACUUAAUUGUUUCCCUGGCAGAUAACCAAUUUUCCUAGAACUCUGAUCAGAAAGCCAGGUCCCAUAAGUUGCUUCUAUGCAUGUUUUUGUGUUUCUGGGCCUUCCAUUCAGUAAUCCUGCGUCAACACAGCACCAUCUUUAAUACUUUUAUACCUUAUUUUCUUUUUAGUACCCGAGAGGCACGUUCCUACAACUUGUUCUUCUUCAAGCGUGACUUGUCUCUUCUGUGCCUUUUACUUCUCCAUAUUGGUUUAACAAUAAGCUUGCAGAGUUCCACAAAAAAAAAAUCAUUGUAGUAUCAUGUCUAGAAUCGCAUUGCAUCAGUAUUGGUAGAGUCAACAUCUUUGUCAUUAAAUCUUUCAGGCUGUGAGCUCAGUACCUGCAUUGAUUGAGGCAUUCUUUAAUGUCUUUCUGUGAAGUUUUGUAUAUUUUUCUGUGGAGGUCUGGCACAUGUCAGAUGUCUUCCUAAGCACUUCAUUUUUUUCAUAAUUUUUAAAAAGUAUCCUGAAUGGUAAUAUAUUAAAAAUAUAUUUUUCCUUGUAAACAUAUAUUUCUAAUGUUUUUGAGUGCUGGAGAUAAUGUUUAUUAAAAAUUCUACUAAAUUUUGUUGAACAUUUCCAAACAGAUUUGUAAACAUAGUACUUUCCUUUUCAAUGGGUAGCACUUUGAAAAGACAGGCUACAAUGAGGCAACAUAAUGAAUCAACAUUAAUUCAAAAUCUUUACAUCUUUAAUCACAUAAUUUAUGUUCAAAGUCAGUAGAUGAACUCCAUGAAAUGGAAGUCUGCUGAUUGUGAAUCACAGAUUUUAUUGUUAAAUAUAUCUGUUCUUUUUUUUCUUCUUCUUCUUUAUUUUUUUUAAUGGAGGUACUGGGGAUUGAACCCAGGACCUCCUGCAUGCUAAGCAUGUGCUCUACCACUGAGCUAUUCCCACUGCCCCCAUCUGUUCUUUUUAUAUUCCCUAUUUCCAAGACCCAAAAAGAAAUCUUUUAAAUAUAUUUUUUUUCAUUUUGGCAAUAGUUUCUUUGAAUAUCUCUCUUUAAAACUAUGUUUAACUUUAUAAUUCUGUCUCAAAACUUAAUUUGCACAUAAAGUGCACCAUUUUAAAUGUACAGGUUGAUGAGAUUUGACAAGUGUAUACACCCCUAUAAUCACCACCUGCAUCAGGAUAGAAAACGUUUCCAUCACCCAGUGUUUCCAUAACGUUGAUUUUGCCCCACGUUGACAGAGCUGUAAACUGUGGAAAUGGAAAUGCUUUUGUCUUCCAUGAUAGAAGUAGUAAUUUGACAGGAAAAGAAAACAAACCUGACAUGAAGCCCGGGCAGUUGUUUAACCCAAGUAAACAUCCCGGUAAGAACGUAGGCUUCUUUUUUUCCCCCUCUUCAUGCCUGGCCACGUCCACGUGACCUGGUAGGUCAGUGGACUUCCCGGUGCUUUGUACAGGAGCUUUGUACACAGCUAUAAACUCAAAGCAGUUGCAUUGGGGUUAAUUUGCAGGACAGAUUUAAUGUUCUAGGUCAAGUUAGCCUGAUAUGUUUCUUUCUAUUCUUAGCCUUCCAAAGCUGUAGUUUAACUCUUUGUAUUUUGUUCACAUUUCUAAACCUACCAUUUAAGACGGGUCUGCGAGCUUUUUCGGAAAAUGGACAGAUAGUAAAGAUUUCAGGCUCAGUGGGGCAGAUGGUCUCUGUUGCAACUACUCAGCCCUGCCACAUGACACAAAGUGGCCCCAGAAAGUAGAUAGAGGGUGUGGCUGUGCACCAAUAAAACUGUUUAUAGAAACAGAAGUUGGUCUGGCUAAUACUUGUCUUAAGGUGAAGAGUUUGCAUUAAGAAAGUUAAGAGGCUCAUGUUUUCCAAAAGCACUUCGCCUUAUUGGUUUGUUUAUUUAAAAAAAAAAACAAUUGCACAACUUCGACAUGUAGACACUGGAUCUUCAAUACUAGAAAAAACCUAUUGACAAAUAUGGAUCUUGAGGGAAAAGGGGGACCAGGAAAUGCAGCUUCCAAAGUUCAGGGAGCAUACAUUGCUGGUGGGAACCUAAAAUGAUGUGGGGUCAUGUUGAAAACUGAUUGUUUCUUAAAACAUGUACAUUUACCGUUUGACCCCAAGAGAAAUAAAAAGAUAUGUCCACGCAAAGACUUGCACACAAAUGUUCAUAACAUGCGACAACAUGGAUGAACCUUGCUCAGUGAAUGAAGCCAGUCACAAAGGACCACAUACAGUCUGAUCCCAUUUCUCCGAAGUAUCCAGAAUGGGCAAAGGGAGACACAGAAAGUAGGUUAGUGUUUGCCUGGGCUGCUGGGGGGCCCCAUUAGCUAUGAACAGGCCCGAGGGAUCUUACCGGGUUGACGGAAAAGGGCUAAAACUGGUUCAUGCUCAUAGUUGUAAAACUCAGUAAGUUAAUGAAAAAUCACUUGACCUGUACAUUUAAAAUGGGUUGAGUUUUAUGGUGUGUAAGUUACAGCUCACCAAAGCUCUUAUGAAAGGUGCUUCCAUUGUGCACCCAUGUUGAUAACGUAGCUGCGGCCUCCAUCCCCCGGGGUGGGAGAUACUCAUGAUACUCAGUUUUGAAGUCAUCCUUGCAGUUGUGGCGUUCCUUGUAGAAGGAGAUAACUGUAUAUUUUGUCGAAGGCUAGAGUUCAGCUAAUGAGUCCUUUUUGCAGUGAAUGAAUGAGCUAAGGAAUGUGACACUCCUUAACUCGUUUAUCAGGGUUCAGGUGCGGUGUUUAUCUUGGCGAGGUCUUCUCUUUCAGGGUCUUCCUCUUCUUCAUCUAGUUUCAGCACUGCACUUUUUAAUUCGCUUCUCCUCCAGUGUCCUCAAGCAGUCUUUUUGGACUUUUCGGGAGACAUCGAAGAGUUUCCUUUUACAGGCUUCGGAUACUUCAACCUAAAUCAGGGUGUGAGGUUUCUGGAGAAGGCCUAGAGGUAUACACAUCCUGUUGGUCCUCACAGAUAAUGUUCUAUGCAUGUUGAGUUUGCUUGUAGCACAUUGGCUACACUCUUACUCUAAUAAUGGAUGCAUAGGUCUUCGGAGGAUUUCUACAGAUAAUCGUAUCUACAAGUACAGACAGAUUUCAUUUGCUCCUUUUUCAGUCCUUACAACUUGCCUGUCUCUGGCUGAGGCUUGAGCCAUAUUGACUAGAAGUGGUCCCAGGCACUCUUCUUCUUCAUCUUAAAGGGCAUCCUUUUCACAUUUUCUUUUUUAAGUGCGGUGUCUGCUGUCACGUUUCUGUAGGUACCUUUUUCAGGAUAAGAAAGCUCCCUUCUUUCCUAGGGUGUUAGUGUUCUCUCUCCUGAACAGAUGUUGCCUUUUUAUCAAAUGUCUGUUCUGCGAUGGUAAUAGUUGUUCAUCGAUGUAUUUAUGAACCCCACCCUAGAACAAUGGUAGAACCCACAGUAGGCACUUAAUUAGUAUUUGUUGAAUGAAUGAAUGAAUGAAUGAAUGAAUACAUGUGACUUUUCUUUUUUUUAACAUGUCUGUCUGGUGAAUUACUUGAAUUGAUUUUCCACUGUGAUACUAGCCUUACGUUCCUGGGUAGCUUGGCCAUCACAUAACUAUCACACGUCAUUGUUCCUAGUUUGCUAGGUAGGGUUUUUGCAUCUCCGAGUGAGAUUGGCCUGCAGUCAUCCUCUGUCAUCCUGUUCCUUUGUGGUUGGGAUAUGCUAGCCUCAAAAAUUAGUUGGGGGAGUUCCCCCAAAGUCCCUGCCUUCACUUAGAUGAAUCAGUGGUCAACAUUUUUUGAUAGUUUUAUGUUUUUCUUGUGCAGAACUUUCUUUUAUGGAUGAGCCAUUACAAACACAAGGCUUCUUUAGCAUUUAGCCUGAGAACAAGGACAUUGUCAGGGACUGAAAGAUGUGAGAAUUUUCCCUACUCCCAAGCUAACAAGUUAGCCUGCCACAGUUUGUUGGAUGUUGGCCAAAGACACCAGACUUUAGGGUCAGAGACCUAGGACUCCGUGACCGUGCAGCAAGCAGCAUCUUCAUGCUUCUGUCAAUUGCCCUGGACCCCCAAGUUCCACAGGGGUGGCGUGAGGCAGCCCACAUGGCUGCUGCAUGUGCAGUGGGUUUGUGCCACAGCUGAGGAGCCCCAGGCUUUCCUAAUGAGCUGCCCAGUCUUUGCCCUUGAGGGGAGACAUUUUUCUUACAAUGGUCAAACAGACCUAGAAACCAUCCUGUCCUCUGCUCUGAGGAUGUCUGCUAUAUAAACAUCCUGAAAGACAUGGUCCAGGACAGAGUAAGAAACAUGGAAAAACGAGCUAUCCAAGGAGAAGUGUCUACCAACAGACAUUUUCCUCUUUUAAUCAAAAUAUGGUUGAUCCCUUCAUGAAAUUUAACAUGAAUAGUGUUAUCAGCACACAGCCUAUAUUCAAAUUUCUCCCCACAAAUAUCCUUUGUUAAGGAUUCAAAAUUUAGUUUUUAAAAUUAAUUUUUAAAACUCUUGUUUCUGAAGCCCUAGGGAAACAGACACUUAGAGAGAGCCUUCUGAUAAGUCACUUUAUUUAAUUGCAAAGAGUCAGAUGGGACAGGAACUCUCUCCCUGCACAGAGAACUGUCAUUUGUUUCCCCUACAGGAGAAGCUGUGAAAGCCUUCACAAGCACUCAUCCUUGUGUGACCCACACGGGGAUGCACAGGAGAGUCUGGUUAGUGUAGUGACUGCGGAGGGCCCGCAGGUGAGAAUCUGCACGAGAGAACUCGUUCUGAGCGGGAGGCCACGCCACUGUUGUGAACGUGGAUUUGCCUUUAUGCUGCGUUCUUAGGGUAGACACCCAGCUCAUUGAUUUCUUUGUUUUUUUCUUCCCUCAUAUAAAUACUCAAAGCCACACGUACCCCUCUGAACGCCCUUUCAGCUCCUGAACCAGUUGUGAUUGGUCAUCAUUUUCCUUAUUACAGCUCAGGUCUCAGUAGUGUAUUUUCCAUUUUGACGACUUCAUGGACUCCUGGGUUAUUUGGGGAAUAUGUUUUCCAGAAGCCGCCCUGGGAGUUCUCGGUUGUCUUGCUUUUCAUUUCCAAGCUAGUUGUUUGUGGUCGGAGUUGAUCUGUAGGCAAUGGAUUCCUUGGCACUUGUUGGGACUUUGAUGGCCCAGCAACGCAGACACUGCUGGCUGCCUCUGUACAUUCUCCUUCUCAUCUUACUCUCAGAACCUGGAAUUUGCUCAACUUGGUAAGGUUUGCAGUAAAACAAAAACCAAAAAACCCAGCUCUCUCUGUCUUUUUUGAAGGGAUGUCCCACAGCCUUGUCCCACGGCUGGCAGGCAGGGCCACUGGUGUGGCUUCUGGGAAAGCUUUUGAAAGGGGACAGUCCCAGGCUUGUAAUCUUCACUUUUUGUCCUUGGUCCUUCCUCCUUCUUUCUGCCUGGAGACUAGAUACAGUGCUUGGAGUUGGAAGGAGGUCACCUUGUGGCAAGUAGGCAGAAGCCACAGGCAGAGAUGGCACAGCCAGCACACGAGGCUCCUUGCUCCUGAGUGGAUUCUCUUGAGUGGCUGUACCAGCCCUGAACGGCUUACAUCUGGACUCAUGGAACAUGAGAAAUGUUAUUUUUAUUUUUAAAAUUUUUUUCUUUUUCUUUUUAAACAUUUUUUAUUGAUUUAUAAUCAUUUUACAAUGUUGUGUCAAAUUAGAAAUGUUCUUUUUUAAAAAGUCCUCAUUGUAGUUUCAUGGUGGGGGAGCUAUCAGGAAUUUAAGAAAAAAUUACCCUCAGGAAAUACUGAUCACUCCCCACUGAGUACAGUUUCUGUUGACGUGGCGGCCACGAGAGCCCGCCCCUCGGGGAGCCAGCUAGGGGGCUUAGUUUCCCGGUGGCCCUGGGUGCCGACCCUCCGGGAACCCGCUAGGGUUGGGCUAAGAUCACUCCUAGCAGUGACUCAGCACGGCAAGGAGUAACGGUGCGAGCCCAUUCCUGCGGGUCAUAGGGGUCUCCUACCGAUGGCUGUGGUUCAAGAACCCCCCACUGGCCGGGCCCAAACUUGGCUAGACUGUGCUGAGGUCUGACUCUCCCUCCCCAGCCUUCCUCAGCCCCUCUUCCUUCCUUCUGAUUGGAUUUGACAGUAAAUGUCAAGAUAUCAAUGGGAGUCAUUGAUAACCUUGUCAAAGCUGAUUGUGUGAUAUACUGUCCACAAAAGCCUGAUUGAGAUGGGUUCAGGAGAAACUAGGAGAAAAAUGGGAGAGAGUAAUGAGCCAGAUUUCAUUGAAGGUCAGUUUUGUUUGGUAUUAUUAAUAAAGCCAUGCCAGUUUACUUUUGUUAGUAUCCAUCUGUUAUAUAUUUCUCCCUCCUUCUCAUUUAAACCUCCUGUGUACUUGGGAUGUGUCUCUUGUAAAUAGGAUGUAGCUGGAUCCCCACCCCUACCCCCCCACCCCAAAUCCAAUAUGAAAAUGUCUUUCAAUCUGUAAACCCAUCUAGUUUCUUCUUGUGAUUCUUAAUAUACUGGAUUAAUUUCUACCACCUUAAUAGUUAUGGUUUCUGUUCUGCAUUUUUCUUCUUUAAAAAAUUGGAAAUAGAAGAUUUGAUGAACAUGUAUACAUACAGUUAAAAAAAAAUAAAUGUGUACCCAACAACCAAGCCGAGAGAUAGAAGAUUGCUCUAUCUCAGGAGACCCAGGUGUGGAACUGUCAUGAUUAUUCUCAACAUGAAAUAACUAUUGCAAUUUUUUAAUUUAUCAGUUCCUUGCAUAGCAUACUGUCAAGGGUUGGGGGAAGGCUAGCAUAAGGGUCUGUUUGUGGUGAUGGAGCAGUUCUGCAUUCUGAUCUGGGAAUGGUUACUCAAAUCUAGCAUACUUGUGAUAAAAUGUCAUAGAACUUACUAAUUACUUAUAUAUUAUCCAUAGAACUAUAUUAUCUGUCCCUCACCAAGAAAAAAAAAAACACAAUGCAAGUAACAAUGAGUAAAAUCCAGAUAAGUUAAUCAUACUACAGCAAUGUGCUUGAGUUAAUCAUACUAUAGCGAUGUCAGCAUUCUUAUUUUGAUAACGUACUAUGGUUGUGUAAGAUACUGUCAUUGGGGGAAGCUGGGUGAUGAGUACAUGGGAACUCAGUACUAUUUCUGCAACUUCUGGUGAUUCUUAAAUUAUUCAAAAAAACAGUUACUAAGAACCAAGAAAGGAAAGACACUAUAUAAAUGAAUAGCAUGUUUAUACAUUUCUAUUUUUGCUCACAGUUUUGAGAUUUAUUUAUGUCACGUGUAGCUGUAGUUAGUUUACUUCAUUGCUGCAUAAGGGUCUUUUGUAUGAAUAUACCACAACUUAUUUAUCCAGUCUACAGUGGAUGGGCCUCCCUGGGUUGUCUGCAGCUUCUAUCCCUUACGAAUAAUGCUGCCAUAGACCCUCGCACAUCUCCCAUUGCAUGUAUGCAGUAGUUACUCUAAAAAUGAACUCACUGGGUGUAGAGUCUUUGUGUUCAAAUUUGCUUUGUAUUUUACAUGAAAUAUAUCUCAUUGUCUUAAUUUGCAUUUUGCCGAUUCUUUGUAAGAAUGAGCAUCUCUUUAUAAUAAUAGGGUAGUUUUGAGUUUCCCCUUGGGAAUUACCUUGACAUGUGUUUGCUAAUUUUUCUCUCUUAUUCAUUUCCCUAUGAUAUUCUGGAGUGUGUUAUCUUUGAUACCAGUUCUUUCUUGGGUUGUAAAUGUCCCUCUCUCUUUAUGGUCUCUUGAACGGACAGUGAUUCUGCAUUUUUGGUUUAGUCAGAUUUAUUAGUCUUUUCCUUUUAUGGGAUGAGUUUUUGUGUCUCAUUUAAGAAAUCCUUCCCCAAUUCUUGAUUCUAAAUAUAUUUGGCUUCCUUGUCUUCUUCAGCUCUUAAUAUUUGGUUUUACGUUUAAGGUCUCAGUCAGCCUGAAAUUGAUUUUUGUUUGUGACAGAGUAUGGCAAGUUUAUUGAUAAUGGUUUCAGAGUCGACAGUGCAACUAGUCUUUAAGAAAUAAAUGACCCCUUGUGAAUUCUGGUGCAGUAUCAAGAUUAUUCACAAUUACAUGAAGAGGCUGUAAAAAUACUCCUUUCUUUUCCAUCUGUGUAUCUGUGUGUAGCUGAAUUUCUUCAUAUACAUCAAUCAAAACAACAUCACAACAGACUGACUGAAAAAGCAGAUACGACAAUCCAGCUGUUAAUCUGUUAAGUAGAUGUUAAGAGAUAUGCAAAAAUGUAAAAUAAUGCCACUGUUCUAUUUUUUGCUUUGGAAAAUAUACUACUUUAGAAAAAUAUUACUUAUGCUUACAUGUAAUGGUUUGUUAUUUUUAACAGAUGAGUAAUAAUAUUUUUUAAAACUCAAUUUUAACAGUAUUAUUGAAGUGUAACACUGUUUAAAAAGAUUUUAGCAGAGCCUUAUGGCAUUUUAUAGAAAUGAGAGAAACUUAUUUCAAAAGAAUGGGUAAAGAGAUCAAAACAAGAUUGUAUGUCUAAGAAUCAACUGAAAAAUACUAUAAUUCAUAAAUAAAAUAAGAAUGUUAUAUAA